AUGUUCACCAAAGCCGCCGCCCUCGCCAUCCUCGUGGCAUUUGCAGAGGCCCGUUUCUCCCAGGAGCAAGUUCCCGUUGCUGCCAUCAGCGCCCUGAGUGACUUCGGUAACCCGGGCGAAGCCGCCACCCUAGCUGGCGGAGUCCCCGGUGUCCUCCUCGCCGCUGCCGACCCAUGCGACAAACUCACCCAGGCUGACAAGAUCGUGUCUACUCUUGGCACUGAUCCCAAAGUCAUCGCCGCCGCCGCCGCCUUGGUUGGCGCCGAGCAGAACUUCAACCCUUUCGUCGUCAGCGUCCCAAACAUCUGCGGCGACGCUAGUCUUCCCGCCACCGCCGAGCUCCGAGGCAUUGUUCCUCUGAUCGACCCCGCUGUCACUGGUUCAGAUCUGGAGAAUGCCAAUGCUGCCACUUCGCUCACGACUCCUUUCGAUGCCACGGGCCUCAGCGUCGCUGAUGUCAUGAUUGCUCAGGGCUUCUCCAACUUCACUGUCAACGGAGCUGCCGCCAGUGCCGGAGGUGCUGCCUCUGGAGAUGCUGCUGACGCUGCCACGACCCCUGCCCCGACUGCAACUUCUACUCCCAUCGUAUGUGGAGGUGCCACCCCUGCAACUUCCACUCCUGUAGCAUCCACGACCACUGCUGCCGCUGACACUGCCGUCGCCUCGGGAACCGCGAGCGCGGCCGCCGGUGCCGGAGCUGUCACCGAUGCCGUGACUGGUAACUUCCCCGGCUUCCAAGCUUCGUCUCUCGGCCUUGACUUCGGUAUCUGCACCCCGACCGUCAAAUUCGAGGAGUCGCUCAACGGCCGCAAGGCUGGUGAGUUCACCUUCCAGGCUGCCGACCCCACCGUCAACAAGGGCCAACAGGAGGCUCUCAACCCCAACAUCAUCUUCAACCGCAUCUGCGAUCAGCUCAUCAACGUCUGCGGUGCCACCGAUGACGCACACACCGCUUGCAAGAACGCCCAGGCAGAUCUCGGCGGCGGUGCCAAGGAAGCUUCCACCGCCGACGCCUGGAACACGGCUUUGGGCUUUGCUGGAACCGACUUGAACCCUGACAACGCUCCCCAGACUGGUCUCGUUGGACACACCUAG